UAGAUCCAUGUCCAUCAACCCUUCUCUUGUAAAUUUCAUUAUUAGCUUAAUUAGAAUAGUUUUAGCUCUACUGCAUGCAAAUCAUUGUCAACUAAAUCAAAUUUUUUUUGCUCAUGGGAGAAGAAGAAGAGCAAGUUUUAAGAUGGUUCAACGUGGAAUCAGUUCCAGCUGAUUACAGGUUUUCAAUGGAGAAUCGUCCAGGACAGCUUCCCAUCCCAAUAUGCGAGACAAUCCCAGUUAUUGACCUCCAAAAAGCAGCUGAUUCUUCAUCAACUUCAGAUAAGCUAUCCAUAAUCCAACAGAUUAUAGAAGCCAGUCAAGAAUACGGCUUGUUCCAGGUGAUCAACCAUGGAGUUUCAGGAAACGCUGUGAAGGAGUUAUUAAGUUUGUAUAGAGACUUUUUCAAGAUGCCGAUUGAGGACAAGAAGUGUAGUACUGAUAAUAUGAAUAUUGAUGCAUUAUUUGGAGGAUCACAAGGGUGGAUCUACAAGAACAGUACUGAUUUUGCUAAAGACGGGAUUCAUUUGUGGAGGGAUAGCAUCAAACACAACUGUUAUCCUAUCCAAGAUUCCAUGCAACGUUGGCCAACUAAACCAACCCGCUACAGAGAGGUGCUUUCCAGAUACUUGGAAGAAAUGGAGGUGCUGAGUGGGAGGAUUCUGGAGAUGAUUAACCAAGGAUUAGGACUUGAAGAAGGUUACUUGAGAGAAAUGAGCCAAGUUCAACAUUUGGUGGCAAACUACUAUCCGCCUUGCCCCGACCCGACGUUGACUUUGGGGUUGUUGAAGCACUGCGAUCCGAGCCUAAUAACCAUUCUGGUUCAAGAUGGAAAUGCUUGUGGGCUUCAGGUGGUCAACCACAACAAUGGCCAGUGGAUGGGGGUUUCCCCUCUCCCUAAUGCCCUUAUUGUCAACAUCGGUAACCAGCUGUCGGUACGUAUCUUUAAUUAAUUUCGGGUAUUGUUUAUUCAUCCCCCUCCAAUUUUAUUUUAAUCACUUUUGUAUAGACCAAAAAAAGGGCACCUUAAUUUUAAUAAUGCAUGAUUGGGAAACAAUGGCGUUACUUUUGUUGGAACAAAAUACAUAUAUACACAUAUGUAUUAUACAUAAUUAUAUAUGUAUACUCCAUUAUCUGUCACAAAUAGAUAAUCUAUAUAGUUCAUAAUUGUGUUUUAUAAUUUAUACAAAAAACAGUACAAAUCUGAAAAUUCAGCGGGCAACUAAGAGUUUCCAAAAGCGGGUUGGAAUUUGGUUGGGACUAAUCAAUUUUUAUUUUUUAUUUUUUGUAUUGUUGUACGGUGUGGUAGAACUAUGUAUAAUGUUAUUCCUAGAGGCAAAAACUUUAGUGAUCACUAGACUAGAUUAAGGAAUUAAGAGGGCCUUUAUUUUGUAAUCUUAUUUUUAUAUACUGAUUUUGGUUAGAUCGUCAGCAAUGGGAAAUUGAAGAGUCCGGAGCAUCGAGCGGUGAAUUCGAAAGAAACAAGGACGAGCAUUGCAAUCUUCGUCAAUCCAUCGCCUAACAGCAGAGUUGAACCUGCAAAAGCUUUGGUGGAUGAAUUCAAUCCUCCUAGAUAUUCUCCCACCUUGUACAAAGACUUCCUUUGCUCUCCCAAAGCUUACGUCCUUCCUUCCUAGCUAGCUACUUAAAUAUUAAAUCCAUCCAUAGCUAUACCUUUCUUUUUUCCAUUUUUUUUUUAAUUUUUUUUUUUUACUGAAGUACAAAAUAUUAUGUACCAAAAAAAAAAAAAAAGAGGUACAAAUUGUCAAUGGAUGAGCACAAUUUGGAGCAGUAAAGAUUCGCAAAGCGGUGAAAAAAUUGAAAGCUAGGAGAAAAUUAACCCGUUCCAAGAAAAUAAUCAUGUUAACUAAUUAUAGGACUAAAAUAAUUUAAGAAACAAAUAUAUACUUUAAUUUUGAUGUGUCGGAAUACAAUCUUUGGUCGUGUUUAUUUGAUUCGAAGCCGGCAACAUCAACCAUCAACAGUGAACACGCCGUAACAAAGUACUCAUGUGAAUUGGAGGUUUCUGGGUUGGAAACGUAUUCUCAUGCAAUGGCUACAUGAUUUUAUCUUUCUUUUUUAGUAUAAGAGUGUUCUUAGACACGUUUUCUUAUUGUACUCGUUUCGACUACGACGACUUAACAAAAAAAUAGGUUGGCCGGGGUGGAAUUAAAAGGAAGGAAACAAACACAGAUUUGGGUCGUUGAAUUAGAAAUACACCCUAAUCAUGGUCAUUGAGGCUAUUGACAAUAUCCAAAGGGUUUGGAUAUUUUGGGCAUGCAUCCGUGGAUUCACACUUGAUUUAUCUUUGGUUUUUUCUUAGGUAAGGUGGGGAUUAAUUAGUGGAUAAAGAUUGCGUACACUUUGAGGUUUUUGUGUGGUUUAGUUGUUGUAUUAGCACAAUUCAAUGUAUCCACAUUAUUUGUCUACUUAUGUAAACCAAUUCAGUAGCCAUCAUAUUGUACAAAUGCUGCC